GCCGCCUGGUGGCGACUCAGCGCAGCGCUAGCGCUUCUUGGCAUCUGCCACACAGCCGCCGGGGACUAGUGGGCAGACGACGUAAAUCCCUAAACUUAUUGUUUUCUUGAAUUAAUUAGCCGCAUAAUAUGAACAAAAUUGGCUGUACUUGAAGACAAGAUAUAUUUGAACCCGCCGCACACCUGCACAGCGACCUGUCAACUCAGAAAACGCAUGCGUGAAGGAGAUCCGCAUUGUUGUUGUUGUUGGUGCAAACGCUAAAUUUGCCAAAACCCGAACCGAAAGUUUCCAUCAUGACAAGUCGCAGUCGCAAUGGGUGCGUCGUGAGAGGCUGCACUACGACGUGGGCCAAUCGGCCCGCCGGAGUGUCACUUGUGACAUUUCCCACUGACGAAAGGAGGCCGAAGUGGGUGGAAGCAGUGAAAGGAAAGGGAUCCGAUUGGGUCCCAUCCAAAAGUGCUAAAAUUUGCACCCUGCACUUUCCGGCCAAAUAUUUGUGUAAUAGUGUCUCGGGUAAAAAGAGGCGAUUACUGCUCCCUGGUGCUAUUCCUAAUGCUGCUCCACAACUUCCACCAGCCUCCACUAUCAUACCUAAGCAUCUUCCAAAUUCCAAUGUCUAUUUCUACCGUAAGAAGAAAGGUAGUGCUGAAGUUGAAAGCCCUGCCCCGAUUCAAGCAAAUCCCUCUCCUCAGCAGCUUCCUGAGACAGCUCCACACGACGCCUGGACAUCCUCUUCUCAGCAGCAUACUGACCCGUCUCCUCAUGACAGCUGGACCCCCUCUCCUCAGCAGCAUGCUGAGGCGUCUCCAAAUGGCAGCUGGACCUGGACCUGGCACAUGGCUCCCCACAAUGUUCUGCCCUGGUGUCCCCCUCCAUCAAAUACAAGAAAUGCUGUGGCACCUGAGCCUGUGGAGGAGACCCCAGCAAAAGACAACAGCCAGAGUAAUGCUCCAGUUCCUGUCUGUCUGGACAUAGAGGAGGAUGAUUCACCUCACAAGGUAGCUCUGAAGAAAGUGAUUGCGUUCUUGGACAAAAAGUUGAAGGUAGAAAAGCGAAAAAAUGAGCAAGAAAUUAGAAAGUUGAAAGAAAAGUUGGAUAAAUCAACAAGAGAAGUAAGCCAGUUAAAGGAAGAAAGGCGAAAGAAUACGCAAGAAAUUAAAAAGUUGAAAGAAAAGUUGGAUCAAGCAACAAAAGAGUUGAAAGCAAUGAGAGAAAAAGAAAGUUCCAAUUCAGAAAUUUCGGAUAUUUCAGAAAAUUCGGAUGCAGAGUGUGCUGUUGAAGACCAAGUGCCAGAAGAUGCAAAUGUUGCUUGAAGUAAUUGCUAGGGACAUUCGUGGACGGAAUGGUCCCCUAAUUUUCUCAAUUGCCAUGAUCAUCCAUUUUUAUUUUCCACCAGCUUUCAAAUACUUCUGUAGUAUUCUGCUGUAGGUGGUAGAUCGAGGAUUCACAGAUGAAACCCUGGAGACUUUUCAAAACGUGUUAAUAGCAAGUAGCCUUCAACUGCCGAGCAACUUUUGUUGUUCCUUUUAUUCUUGAAGGUUAAUAAGUUCGAACACAGUUUACUCUUGCAUACAUUUUGAACAAUGAGGUUCAUUAAGAAAUUUUGCUUAUUUCUUAGGUAAGAAACCUUUUUUUUUGUCUUAUUUUGAUUUGUGCUGAUACUAUUUAUGCACCACUCCAUUGGGAAGACAAGGCCAUCAUAUGGCAUGCUCGCCCUGCGUAAUAGAAGCUUUCAAGAAGAAUCUUCACCCGCUCCUCAUCUUAUUUCACGGAGCCGAUUCACAGGUAUCAAUUUGGUAAAAAAUCUCCAUUCCAAGAAUGUUAAUGGAAGCAAAUGAUACCGGUUUGGUACUUUCCUAGGUUGUAGUUGUAGCGGUAUGCUCUUAUUUCAAUGAUUGUACAUAAAUUUGUAAAUAAAGUACAUAGAAAAUAUACGAAUAAUAAAUGUUUCUGCCAGUUUUUGACAAUUAGAACUUAUCUAGAUAAAUUUUGUCGCUCAUGGAAAGUUUAUAUUGAUCUUUUCUGUGUAUUGUGUGUAAAUUAAAAUUUACUAUACAAGCGUCUUA